CUGUUAAUCGCCGGGCCGGUUAAUAAUUCGCCCCUUGUAUUCGCGAGACGCGUCGUAAGUUUUCCAGCGGCGGCUUUCUCUGCGCGAGAAUUAGUCAGCGAGGCCCCGAAGGAAACGACGGUUUAUUUUCGGGUGAUCUGAAAAUACGCGCACACGUCCCUCCCAGAGGCUCAGUUCUCGUCGCUCCGGGAUAGGAUCAUGGCUCUUAAAGUGUGUCUGCUCGCCACGAUAGCGAUUACGGUUUUGAUUGGAAUAUCAUCCGUCUACGCUUGGAACCCCGAGGUACACCGCUACGAGAGCUACGACCUAGACAGAGGUCCCGUGUUCUACGAGGCCUAUUAUCCGGACAGCAGCGACGAGUCCCGCGGCAGUUACCCGGAGAAGCGGUUCUUCGACCGGGAGGCUGUCCUGGAGAAGACGUACCAGGUGCCGUCGCAGCGACUGGCGUACCCAGAGAGCGCCGUUCGACUGAGCGGCGCGUUGAACCAAGCGAGGGGUCCUCCGCAGGACGCCGGUUUCUCCGCGCAGGCCCAGAGCCAGCCUCUGGACAUAAAGGAGAUAUCGAACCUGGCUAGACGCGCGAUCUCCCGCGAUCUGGAGAACUGGAACACGAUCGAGAGUUACCUGGACCGCGCCAAGUACCAGGAGCCCUCCUAUCGCCGCAGGAUCGUCGUCCCGGAGGAGCGAUACGGGAUCGAGCGGUCAGCCCGAGGAAUUGGGCCGGGCUUGUCGGACUCCUUCAAGGAUGGACGUGACUUCAACCGCGACUUGUACGAGGAAAUCCGGGAGGAACCGUUUCAGUCGGCUGAUCAAAGGAUGCCGGACGCGGCGAGGAGAUUGGCUGCCCGCGAUCUGGCGGGGAGAGACACUCUGACGAGCUUCGGGCCGAUCCGAUAUCAAAACCAAGCUCCGCGGGAGCCGAGGCUCCCAGCGUCUCUGCUGAAAGAUCCCUAUCCACCCGAGAACAUCUUCGCACCCAGACCCCAGGUGAUCAACUAUAUCUUCUCGAAGAAACCGGUGGUGGCCGAGAACGAAGCGCAGAGCGCAGCUCCGAAGAAAGAGGCGACCGACGAGGCUGCUCCCAGGAACUACGGGGACAAUCUCAUCCAAGAGGAGAUCGGGAAGCAAGAGGGGAAGCAGGACGUGAAGGUGACGUCCAUCGAGGUCAGCGAGGUGCCCAGGCACAAGACCAGGCAUCACCACGGCGAAUGGCCGAAGCGCGAUUACUCGAAGCGUCAUCAGUCGUGAAUUAUCAGAGGACGUCGAGGCUCCGUGAAUUUGAUUGUCGGGCAACUGAAGGAUAUCGGCUGAUGGAGGAAUUGACGAGGAUGCUUAUCGUAUUUGGCGUUAUGGAAUUACGGUGGUUCUGCGCUGAUGUAGUCGGCGAGGUGGACGUUGAUUGGGUUCUAUUGAAAUUGAUUCCCGUUUGGUUCUUUCCUGCUUUUGUCCUUUCUACUUCGCCUUUGGAAUAUAAGUGGCUUAACCGUAAACGAACGUCUUUCUCGAUCGAAUUUUUGGGGACGUUUUGGAAGGCGCCGGAGUCUCGACGGUAAACCGUGAACAGUGAUACGUUGUCUGAAAUGUUUAUUCAAUGUAUUAUGCUACAACAAUGGUACAAUGUUCGCUAACAACGUGUACAUAUAUGCAUCGCUACGCUUUCUUCCUACUUCAACUUUCGUAUUCAUCGUCAAUGAGAUACACGAUAAAACCGCACAUGUAUUAACAAGUAGUUAACCGCGUUUAGGAAAAUAUUUGGUUUCCGCGGGUGCUCGUAACAACACGUUUACGCGGGAACGCUCUUCCCCGCUUUUGAAACGAAUAUUCUUCGAAGGAAUGUCCGUGCGAUUCUCGUUCGCUUGUCGUUUAUUUUAUACUCGGAUGAGACACCUAUAUUAUCGACACGAUAGAACUUAUCAGUUAAUGAGUUGGAACACAACUUCGUUUGGUGGAUAGUCUCAGUUAGCUACAUCUAGAAUAUUUAUAUUUAAUUAUCCGAUUCUUCUUCCCUUCCUCCCCUCGCCCUUUGUGUUUCGGAUAUCUUUCGCCGUGAUAAUCGUUUCUCGUCGCGCGACAGCGAGAAUUGGAAUUAACACUCGUGCGCAUACUUAUUCACUGGGUAUUAAAUCGUUAAAACGUUCAACUAGGGUCUAGCGUCGUACUGCUGUUCAAACAGCCGCAAAGUCAACAAAGAACAACAAGACUCGCGGAAGAGAAUAACAUUUGAGUCGCUCGGAAGCCAAUGCGGUGAAUUCCGGAGAGCAGAAAUCGAGGAAAUAAAUAUAUUGGCUUCUGAAAUUAUUAUACAACACACUAAGACCUAUACCGUGUCAGGUUUUCUUAGUUUUCAUGCUUACGCAGCUGGGGGACACGUUCGUCGAAGAUAUUUACAUACAUACAUACAUAUAACUAACGCUUUCACUCAUCUUCGAUCGCUCCGCACAUGUAAAAAUAAAUUCUUUUCCCCCUUUGAGCUGGUCAACGAGCACGUAGCAUGAAAAAAGACCUUCGAACGAACGGUAAAGUACAUACGUCACUCUUACGUCGAAGACUGUACACUUAGAAAAAUGAGAAGCAGCACGAAACGAAGUAAGUCAGGCAAUUAGUAUCAAUUUAAAAGUCGAAUUAUUGUACUGUGUGUUUGUAGUCGUAUAAAGUAAGAGUUUAAUUUAUACAGCUGCAAGAUCAAUAUAAUAAUUUAACGAAGGUCUACGUUAAUUUAUGGACAACUAUAGUUUUAUGUAAAGUACUGUUCUAAAACGGACUAUGUUCAUAUUCUAUGUCUCCCAAAUCUCCUCUGUUCAUGGUUUUAUUCGAAACCACACGAGUAUCUAAUUUCCGUUUUAUAGGUGUGUAUAGUUAAGUAUCAUUAUGAAGUUUUAUAAUUUAAUUUGGCGCGUACAAGACUUUAAGCGUCUUGUAUACACAUAUAUUUACUCUUCAAUAUUAGAAUCAACUUACUGUUGUAUAAAAUUAUCUGCCUAAGUUCAUUCACGAGUCCCUUUCUUCAGAUAUAAGUUCCUCUUUCAGCACAUCAUACAAUUACUUAUCGCUAUAAGCCACGUAACGAUAUACAAAAAUAAUUAUGAUCUAAAGUUCAGUAAACGUACUCCUUUAGGAAACAUUAAUUCAACAGUCUGCAAGAAUAUUGAAGGUGCAAAUAUGAGUGAUUCGAAAUCAUAUAGUACAUAGCAUGCAAAUCAUGUACUGU